GGCAAAAGAGCCGGCGUUCUCGCCUCCAAUGGCGCAAGCCAAGGCCUAGAAAGUAGAAACGCCCAGAGCCUCCGUUGUAUUCUCUCGCGCGACUUUCUUCGAUUCCUUGAGGAGAUAUCUUGGUUCGAGAUGCGAGCGGCCGCAUGGAAGAGCGUGCUCAGAUUUCGGAAUCCCCUGUCCCCGACUACCGAUUCCGCGCUGUUUCAUUCUACCCCCGCCUCAUUCGCCAAAUGGAGGAGCAAAUGGGACCCCGACGAUGAAGGAACAAACCAAGAACCAUCCAAGACUUACAUCAGGUUUUCAGUUCAUCAAAAGCGAUCUGAUGCAAAGGCGGCUCUCAAGAAUCUUCUUUUCGAUGGUAGAUCUUCACAGCAAUAUUUUCAGGACGAAGAUAUCACUUGGUCUACCGAUAAAAAGAGCAGCAGAAAUGUCAAAGCAAAGGACAGUUCACAUGAUUUUGAUAAACAUCAACGGUCAAAGAGUGCUGGGAGACCAAAUCCCCACAGUAAAGGCAAACGUAGUGCAAACAAGCGUUGGCGCAAUAGGCAGAGCAGUUAUGAUGAAGAUGAUUAUGAGCAUCCUGAUACAAAAUUUUCAGCUACCUUUGGUGGACAAAGACGUUUUACCUGGUCUUUUACAUCAGGGGAAACCCUUCAUUUUCAGAAUUGUGCAACUGGAUUUGAGUGGAGAGAUAAUUCAGAGCGGAUCAAGACCAGAAAAAGAGUAUGGAGUGAAAGCGAUAUCGAAGAUACUGAAGACGAUCCGAGUGAUACAGAUUCCCAAUCCCAUAGAGUUAUCCUUGGAUUGCCACUUACAGGCCCCUUAAAAUUAGAUGAUGUUAAACAUGCUUUCCAUGCAACUGCUUUAAGGUGGCAUCCUGACAAGCAUCAAGGCCCUUCCCAGGCAAUUGCUGAGGAAAAGUUCAAGCUCUGUGUCGAUGCAUACAACUCCCUCUGCAAAGCCUUGAAACCCAGCUAAGGCAUGGGCGAUAAUAGUCAUUAGGCAUACCUUCAUGGAGCUGUGUAUGUUCAAGUUCUCAUGUAAUACUUUAGAAAUAUAUAUAAAUAUUAGAGAGAGAGAGAGAGAGAGCUAAGAUGCUCUCCAGAGGAUAGUUGAGAAGGUCUUUUCAUCUUAAAAGUCAAUAAUAGAUCAUUUAAUUUGAAAAUGGCUAUAAAAAAAAUGAUUAGAUCACAGCAAAAUAGGAUCCUAUAUCAUUUUAACCAUUUAUUUUUAUCACUUAGUUGAUGCAGGGAUUAGAACUCACCAAUGUUUCUAGUGGUAUAUAUCAUGAUCAACUGUGUGAAUCUUCAAUUGAACGGUCUGUUUUUAAUUUUGGAAGCAAGAGAAUUAUAUAUCCUUACCUCU